AACUCGUGCCAGUGUUACGGUGCAGCAGAGGAUCUGCGCCUGUUUUGUUCGUAAAUAGCGACUGGGUUGUCUCUCUUUCUGGAAGGACGAGAGAUACCCUUCAAUUCCGUGAGAGUAAACCACAAGGAGUCUCUUUGAGUCUUUCUCUGUUCUUCGUUAGAAUACUUACACAAAACUCAAAUCCCUUCUCCUUCGCUCCGCUAGAUUUUCGACCAAUCUUACCUUUUCACACUCUGUGAUUCUCUCUGAAAAUCCAGCUAAAAACUAAACUAUAUCCGUGUUGUUAUCGUCCAAUAAUUCAAAGCGGAAGAUGCAGAAUUUCUUCAAUGGAAGAACAGAUGAUUUGGUUCAGAUUCAAUCUACCAUGCAAGCAAUCGAGCACGCUUGCAGUGAAAUCCAGAUGCAUGCCAAUCCAGCAAUAGCUGAGGCUACUCUAUUAUCUUUGCGCCAAUCUCCUCAGCUAUAUCAAACUUGUAAAUUCAUUCUUGAAAAUUCUCAAGUGGCAAUUGCAAGGUUUCAAGCUGCUGCAGCCAUUCGAGAUGCUGCCAUCAGGGAAUGGGGGAUUCUUUCAGCCGAUGACAAGAGAAGCUUGGUAAGUUUUUGCCUGUGUUUUGUUAUUCAACAUGCAAGUUCACCUGAUGCAUAUGUCCAAGUUAAGGUUUCUGCUGUGGGAGCCCAGUUGAUGAAGAGAGGCUGGCCAGACUUCAUGGAAUCUGAAAAGGAGGCUUUCCUCUCUGAGGUAAAGAUGGCUGUUCUUGGAAAUCAUGGUGUAGCUGCUCAGUUCUUUGGGAUUAAUUUCCUAGAGUCAAUGGUGUCAGAAUUCUCACCUGUUACUUCAACUGAUAUGGGUCUUCCUAGGGAGUUUCAUGAACAGUGCCGAGCUUCAUUGGAGCUGCACUAUUUGAAGGUUCUUCCCAUUGCUGUUGGCAUCCUCUUACCAGAUGAGCACAGGAUUUUUAAAUUCUACUCUUGGGCACAAGAAGCCGCUUUUGGCGUCACAAGAAAAGUUGUGGAAUGUGAUUCUACUGUAGUAGAAGUUAAAGUUUGUGCUGCUGCAUUGCGUCUCAUGUUGCAAAUCAUGACCUGGGAUUUCCAAUUGAACAAAAAUGCAGUUGAACGUGUGAAAAGCAUAAAUGUCUUUUCGUCGGGAGUUAGAAAUGAUGCUAUGUUGCUUAAGAAGUCUGAAUUUAUCUUAGUACAGCCAGGGCCCUCAUGGCGCGAUGUUCUGAUUUCCAGUGGUCAUAUUGGUUGGCUCUUGGGUUUAUACGGGGCACUGCGACAAAAGUUCUCGUGUGAAGCUUACUGGCUUGACUCUCCAAUUGCUGUUUCUGCUAGAAAUCUUAUAAUUCAGCUUUGCUCCUUGGCAGGGACAAUAUUUCCUUCUGAUAAUGGGCAAAUGCAAGAACGCCACCUGGUUCAAAUGCUUUCUGGAAUCAUCCCAUGGAUUCACCCUCCUGAUAUUAUUUCAGCUGCAAUUGAACAUGGGAAAAGUGAGAGUGAGUUGCUUGAUGGUUGCCGUGCAUUGCUUUAUAUAGCAUCUCUAACUUCUCCUAUGGUGUUUGACAAGCUCCUGAAGUCUUUAAGGUCUGUGGCAUGCUCUCUUGGCACUCUUAGCCUAUUAUCCUCCUUAACUUGUGAAGUUGUGAAAGCCCGUAUGGCUGAUAACACUGAAGAAGAAACAUGGAAUUGGAUUGCACGGGAUAUCUUAUUGGAUACAUGGACUGCCAUUCUUCAGCCUCCAGAUAAUGGUAAAGAUGCCGAGCUUCCGCCAGACGGUAUAAGAGCUUCAGCUAGUGUUUUCAACUUAAUUGUAGAAUCUGAGCUGAAGGUUGCUGCUGCAUCUGCAUUUGAUGAUGGGGAUGGCUCUGAACCCCCUCAGGCUUCCAUUUCCGGUAUAGAAUUACUCUCUCCAAGCUCAUUAGAACAGCCUCCUGUUUUCUUAGUAUUUUCUUCUCUCUCUCUCUCUCUCUUUUUAAUUAUUAUUAUUUUUUUAACUUCUGUUUUGGGUUUUUUUCUUCCUCCUAUAAUCUUACUCCUUUACUGCCUUAUUUCAGCAAUGGAUGAGAGAUUGAGCUCUUAUGCUCUUCUUGCACGAGCGGCGAUUGAUGUCACGAUUCCUUUACUCACACAGCUGUUUUCUGAGCGCUUUACACUACUUCAUCACGGAAGAGGAACAUCUGAUCCUACAUGUACUCUGGAAGAACUCUACUCACUCUUAUUGAUAACUGGGCAUAUUCUUGCUGAUGAAGGAGAGGGAGAGACACCCUUGGUACCAGAGGCACUACAAGCCCAUUUUGUGGAUAUUGUGGAAGCAAAGCAACAUCCUGUAGUCGUCCUUUCUUGCUCCAUCCUAAAGUUUGCCGAACAGAGUUUGGAUACAGAAAUCAGAGCAGCAUUUUUCAGUCCUCGACUAAUGGAGGCAGUUAUCUGGUUCCUCGCUCGAUGGUCUGAUACAUAUUUAAUGCCACUUGAAGGCGGGCGGCAAAGCAACUGUAAUCCAGGUCAUGACAGUGAUUGCCAACUUGAGUCUCAAGUCUCCAAAAAGGCUUUACUUAGCUUCUUUGGAGAGCAUAAUCAGGGAAAGCUUGUGCUUGAUAUUAUUGUUAAGAUUUCCAUGACGACCCUUGUUUCAUAUCCUGGAGAGAAACAGCUACAGGAACUCACUUGUUGUCAGUUACUUCCUGCAGUUGUGCGACGAAAGAAUGUCUGUGCUCAUCUUGUCACACUGGAUUCUUGGCGCAACUUGGCUAAUGCUUUUGCAAAUGGUAGAAGUUUGUUCACCCUAACUGCUACUCAUCAGCGGUCACUAGCUGAAACCCUGAUUCGUUCUGCUGCUGGCAUGAGGAAUUCAGAGGCAUCCAAUCAGUAUGUGAGGGAUCUCAUGGGUCAAAUGACAGCAUACCUUGUAGAUAUCUCCAGCGACUGUAAUCUCAAAAAUGUUGCUCAACAGCCAGAUGCCAUUCUUUCGGUUAGCUGUUUGUUGGAGAGAUUACGAGGAGCAGCUAGGGCUUCUCAGCCUCGUACUCAAAAAGCAAUAUUUGAGAUGGGUAUCUCUGUAAUGAACCCUGUUCUGACUCUUCUAGAGAUUUACAAGCAUGAGUCUGCAGUUGUCUACUUCUUACUCAAAUUUGUUGUCGAUUGGGUGGAUGGGCAAGUUAUCUUCUUGGAGGCUAAAGAUACUACUAUUGUUGUUACCUUCUGCAUGCAGCUGCUUCAACUCUACUCUUCUCAUAAUAUUGGCAAGAUAUCAUUGUCUCUUUCAAGCAGCUUGCUGAGUGAAGCAAGGACUGAGAAGUACAAAGAUUUACGUGCUCUACUUCAACUCCUCACAAAUCUUUGCUCAAAAGAUCUAGUUGACUUUUCUUCUGAUUCCAAUGAGGCAGAAAGAACAGACAUUGCUCAGGUCAUUUACUUGGGUUUGCAUAUAGUCACCCCUCUGAUAUCUUUGGAGAUGCUGAAAUACCCGAAGCUUUGCCGUGAUUAUUUUGCACUGGUGUCUCACAUAUUGGAGGUGUAUCCUGAAAAGUUUGCUCAGUUGAAUAAUGAAGCCUUUGCUCAUAUAGUUGGAACUCUUGAUUUUGGGAUUCAUCACCAGGACACAGAAAUUGUUAAUAUGUGCUUGAGAGCUCUGAAUGCACUUGCUUCUUACCAUUACAAAGAGACGGGUGCUGGCAAAGAGGGUUUGGGCUCACAUGUUGCAGGUAUGAUGGCUCUGGGUGGCAAAUUGCAGGAGGGAAUUUUGAGCCGGUUCCUUCGAGUAUUGCUGGAGUUACUACUUUUUGAGGAAUGCAGCACCGAACUUGUCAGCUCGGCGGCAGAUGCUCUUCUUCCAUUGAUCCUUUGCGAACAAGCUUUAUAUCAGAGAUUGGGGCAUGAGUUAAUAGAAAGGCAAGUGAACCCACAACUGAAAUCAAGGCUGGCAAAUGCAUUGCAAUGUCUCACAGGUACAAAUGAGCUUUCUUCUUCUCUUGACCGGAUAAAUCGUCAGAAAUUUCGAAAGAACCUUUAUGUUUUCCUGGUUGAAGUUCGUGGAUUUUUGAGGACAAAGUGAUGUGAUCUGAAAACGAGACGGUUUGGAUUAUAUGGUUGUGAAUUUGCAAGAGGUCAGCUGAGUGGCACGGGUAUUGAGAUUCUCUGCAUGCCAAUCUGAGUGUAAAUAACAGAAGCAUCAGUUGAUUCAUUUGAAUUUUUUCAACCUUUGUUGAUAUUGAUUAUACGGGUUUCCUAUACUUUAGAGAAAUUAGCAGGAGAAAUGUGAAAUCUGUGACUAGGGGGCGGAACCCAAGAUGAAGCCUCUUUCAAGUGGAAGUUUUCACAUCAUUCAUCUGGAUGAAAACUGUGAAGCAGUGGAGUUGUGAGUGUCUAGUCAAAAUGUAGAGUACUCACUGUAAAUGUGUCCAAAUGUAAAGUUGAAAGAAAGCUGAUCAGAGCAUCAAAUUAUGAAGAGAUGAGCAGGUAAAAGAAGAAAAAUUUGACAUAAUGUCCAGACGUUUGAAAUAUCGUCAUUGAUGUAGUCACUGCUUCCACCACAUUGUACUACGCUUCUCUUUUUUUAUGUUAUGCAUGUCAUUGCACUGGGGUGUGGAAGUGCGCCUUUUGAUCAA